ACGGUGGUCAUAAAGACACUGAACCCCCAAACCCAAAAGCUCUGUAGACAGUCUCUCUGUUUCCUCGUUCCUUCCUCUGCACCUUUUACCCGCUUUCUUCCUCUUUUCUUUUCUAGGGUUUCAUAGAAAGUUUUUUCACUGACUUUCAAAGUCCUCGAUUCUCCUUGUAACACUACCGGAUUCUCGCGUUUAAUACCGCAGUUUUCUGCAGCUCUCUUGGAUUCGAUCCAACAUCGAGAAAUGGACUCCGAUUCGUGGCAUACUCGUCUCUCCACUUCCUCGAAGCGCUAUCAGUCUCGCUCGGAUCUGUUCUUUGGAGGAGGUCAUGAUGAAAUUGACGUGGAAGAGGACUCGAGGGCCGAGUUUCUCUGCCCGUUUUGCGCUGAGGAUUACGAUGUCGUCGGGCUUUGUUGCCACAUCGAUGAGGAGCAUCCUCGGGAAGCCAAGAAUGGGGUAUGUCCAAUUUGUGCGAAGAGGGUGGGAAUGGAUAUUGUUGGCCAUGCUACAACGCAACACGGGAGUUUUCUAAAGGUGCAGCGCAAGAGGAGAUUCAGAAAAGGUGGUUCUAAUUCGACAUUUUCACAAUUGAGGAAAGAGUUAAGAGAAGGAAAUUUACAAAUCCCUUUUGGAGGAGGAUCCUCUUGCAUUGUUUCCUCAAAUACAGAACCAGAUCCUUUGUUGUUAUCAUUUAUGUAUAAUGCGCGUGUAGUUGAUGAAUCUGUGGAUGUUCAGUCUUGUUCUUUGGUGGAAACAAGCUCUGUACACAAAAGCUCAAAGGAGGAUUUCUUGGAACGAACUCCACGACACACUAUGUUGUCUGAUGAGGACCAAGAGGAGAAGACUCGGAAAUGUGAGUUUGUCCAAGGACUGUUGAUGUCCACCAUUCUUGAUGAUAAUAUGUGAGUUAAGAACAGUAUGCGCGGAAGACCUGCCAAACCUAUAUUAGGACUGGAAAUAAAAAAUUAAGAUGGAAGAAGGUGAGAUUCCAUUAUGUUACUUCUAGUGGUAGUGGUUAUAGGUCGGGGGAAAUGUCUUUUGUUGUAAUUAGAAUUAUGUGUAUAAUCAAAAGAUGGAAGAACUUAUUCCUGUCUUUGCCUCCUCCUUUAUACACUUUUAAUUAAUCUAAGUUGUAAACUUGAAAGUGCAUUAAGGAAUUUCAGAAUUUUGGAA